CAUCAAGGGAUGUCUCCGAAAACGAUACAUCGAGUCGAGCGCUGCCACUUGCCAUGCAUCCUCUGAAACGGUGGCAACAAGUCCUCUUACCAAUCGUCGCCUGAAUCAGCGCGAACGUGGAGAUAGAGAACAGGCCGUUAGCUACGAGGUGGGCGUUCCUGCCUUUGACGAUCAGCUGACUCCAAAUUUGACUGGCAGCAACGCGAUUGUCCUACUCGACCAAAACCUGGUUAAUACUUCGCUAGAAAGCCCAAUCUACUUGCGUUUGCAUUCAAAGGUAUGA